AUGUCCCACCCAAAGCACAAGAAACAAGCAGAAAAAUCCGACAGGUCGGAGUUCUUCGCGGCCCGAGCCUCGACGCCGAAAGCUACAGGCCUGCUGGACCAGGCCCAAGAUGGCGACGGCGGGAACGACACACUGCCGCUAAGGACUCCCACGGGCUCCCACAACCUGCCAGUCACGCAAGACUUUCUGCAGACAUGCUUGGAGGAUAUGUCCAGCAAAAUCCUGGCAUCCAUCCAAAGCACUCUGAGGGAACUCAGCAAAGAAGUGCAGGAGCUGGGGGACAGGACCGCACGGGUGGAACAGCGCGUGGAGGAGCAGACAUCUGUUCAUAACGAGCUGGCAGACCAAGUGCACAACCUGCAGCAGUUACUGAACCAGUCCCAAAGGAAAAUCAUGGAUCUGGAAGACCGCUCACGAAGGCAAAAUCUGCGAAUUAGAGGCAUACCGGAGGAGGUGUCUCAACAAGAUCUGCACCCCUUCCUCAUAGAGUAUUUCAAAGCACUGACCCCCGAGCUACCAGCGGAGAUGCUGAUCCUGGACAGGUACCACAGGGUCCAAAAGCCAGCGUUCCUGCCGCAAGACACACCAAGGGACGUGCUAACCCACCUCCACUACUUCCACGUAAAAGAGGCAAUUCUCCAGGCCACGAGAGGGCAAAGGGAUCUGCCACAAAAAUUCACUCACAUAAAAAUCUUCACGGAUCUGUCAGCGGCUACACUACAGAAAAGGAAAGAAUUCAAAACGACCACAGAGGCCCUGCGCAACAAUGGCGUCCAGUACAGGUGGGGAUACCCGGUCCGCCUGCUGAUCAGGAGGAAUGGCACACUGACAACGAUCAACACGCCAGAGGAAGGCCACAAACUACUGCGCAGCUGGGGCAUUCAACCAACCCAGGCAGGGGCAAAGGCUGCAGAUCAGCGCAGACUGUCUCCGGAGUGGAAGAGGGCCAAAAAAUGAUCCCACAAAGGGAUUCCAAGCAAGAGAUGGGACUUAACAGAGACUCCAGAGGGAGCAGUCGGACAAUGGGCCGCAAGUAUACCAGACACACAUGACACGCACACUCAAACCCUAUCACUCGAUAUAUAACUCACACAGCCACACCAUUAACCUGGCACAUGUCAGUGCCUAGCACACUAAAUAGAGACGAAAAAAAAAACAAAAAAAAAAACUCACUCACAACAACUUGAUAGGAGCCCAGACCUAAAUACAGGCCUGUCCAGAAGCUACACCCCAGACACGCUAGAACUCACACCCAUCUCACCUUUCACCAUUUAGCCGCAAAACACACGCAGGCAAAAAGAUAGCGUGUAACGGGCAUGGCAUGCUCACCUAGCUACACCGCACACAUCACUCAUCAGAGUUCACUACGCACCCCAAUGGCACCACAUAAUGGGUGCCCUACCCUUCAGUGGGAAAUGUUCAAUUGUAAUACUGUGAUAUUGUAUGUUUUGUUUUAUGUUGCACUGUUUACCCCAAAGGUCUUGCAUAAGGUUAGCAUGACUGCAUCCACCCUUGCUCACCACCCCACCCUUCCCCCCACCACCAGACAGGUUGGAGACCACGUAGCAUAUAUCCGAGUUGGAGACCAUAGGACCCAGGGAGGAGUAGCACACCAGACACUGACCCCCCAAGUCAAAAGCAAGAUACUUCAACACCACUCAAUAAAAUAUGAAGAUACACUGUCAUAAUGUAAAAGGGUUAAACACCCCAGUAAAACGAUAUUGCCUCAUAAGAGAUCUGCGCAGGGAAUGCCCUGAUAUAGUGUGCCUGCAGGAAACACACCUCAAAAAAUCAAUAAUCCUAGCCCAGGCGCAAUACACAGCUCAAUUCCAUAGCACCUCCACGUCCAAAACGAAAGGGGUAUCCAUCCUCAUCAGCAAGGAUGUGUCCUUCAAACCGUUAUACAUAUCCAUAGACAAAGAAGGGCGAUAUAUUAUCAUGAUAUGCGAAAUCAACAAUUUAGAAUACACGAUAGUCAACCUAUAUGCACCCAACACACACCAGAGGAAUUUCUUACAUAAAGUCAUCACACUAGUGCAAUCGGUCCAGAGGGGCAUCACUAUAUUAUGUGGGGAUUUCAAUCACAUACUGGACCCCAAAUGGGAUACCACAGUACAGCUAAACACUCCCAGAUCAGCUACCCUCCAGAGGGAAUGCAAACCACUAGUACGCUUGCUCAAAGAACACGAUUACUACGACGCAUGGAGAUUGCAACACCCUGGGGAGAGGGACUACACCUUCCUCUCUCAGGUACAUAACACUUACUCGCGUAUUGACGGGUACUAUAUAAAAGGUGCCCACCUCAACCACAUCAUGUCCUGCACGAUAGGUACCAUAACGUGGUCAGACCAUGCCCCAAUAACCUUAGUGCUAUGCGACGCAUAUGACUACAAGCAUCGAAGCCCGUGGAGACUAAAUGAAUCUCUACUGACAGACCGACAAUACAGCGACACAGUUAAAGACGACCUCUCCAACUACUUUGACACCAACACAACUCCAGACAUAUCACCAGAAACACUGUGGCAGGCCCACAAACCAGUUGUAAGGGGACUCCUUAUAGGGAAAGCAAGUGCAAUAAAAAGGGCAACCCAAACAAAAAGAAAAGAAUGGCUGACUACCCUCUACAAUCUAACCAAACAGAACCAACUCACACCAACCCCACAGCUCCUAGAACAAAUUAAACAAGUAAUAGACGAAGGCAAAAAACAUGACCUAGUAAAAAUGGGGUUCACAAUGCGGAAGCUACAGGCAGCCCACUACACCCAGGGAAAUAGAGCCAGCAAACUCUUAGCGAGGAGACUGUCGCAAAGGAACGCACAAACAAAAAUCCCAUUCAUACUGAACUCUAAAGGGGAAAAAAGGGUUACACCCAAAGACAUCAGCGACGUGUUCGCCGACUACUAUACGACCCUGUACAACCUGGGUCGGGACCCAAACACCCCGCAACCGUCACAAACACGAAUAGAACAAUACCUGGAGGGUAUAUCACUACCGGGCCUUACUGAGGACCAAAGGGAGGGCCUACAAGCCCCUAUCACAGAGGAAGAAGUGCUACAGGUAAUAGCGAGCCUCCCCAAGGGGAAAGCACCAGGACCCGAUGGGUUUACCAACGCGUACUAUAAACGAUUUGCUGCCACUCUUGCACCACACCUAACAAACACCUUUAAUGCCAUCACCCGAAAGGCAGAAGCCCCGGCAGACAUGCUAGGAGCUCACAUUAUAACACUUCCAAAACCAGGCAAACCACCCACAUGUAGUCAAAACUUCCGGCCAAUAUCCCUACUAAACACAGACACAAAAAUCUACGCUAAAAUACAGGCAAAUAGGCUAAAACACAUCAUCCCUACACUGAUACAUGAUGACCAGGUGGGCUUUACCACAGGUAGACAGGGAUCAGACAACACGAAGAAAGUGAUCGACCUCAUACACAGCCUAAGACGAGAUCGGACGGAGGGUGUUUUACUCUCAUUGGACGCAGAAAAGGCCUUUGAUCGCCUUAAUUGGCCUUUUUUAGAAGCAGUGCUCCAAAAGUACAAGUUCCCUAGAUCAUUUAUAAAUGGGGUAAAAGCACUAUACUCCCACCCCACAGCAAGGGUACUCAAUGCAGGAUUUGUGUCCAAACAAAUCAACAUAACGAAUGGGUCCAGGCAGGGGUGCCCCCUCUCCCCACUAUUAUACAUCCUGGCAUUGGAGCCCCUUGCAGCGGCGAUAAGGGCGGAACCAUCCAUACAGGGCAUCACAAUAGGAGACAGGGAGUACAAGCUCAAUCUAUUUGCAGAUGACAUCCUAGUAACGCUCACACAGCCCCUAAUCUCCCUGCCAAAUUUGAUGCUACACAUAGAAUCAUAUGGUGAAGUAUCAUAUUACAAAUUGAAUGUCACCAAGACACAAGCAUUGGGGAUGCAUCUAGGCACAAACCUCACGUCCAGACUGAGAGAGGCAUUCCCCUUAGAUUGGAGAAACGAUCACCUAACCUUUCUGGGCCUCAAACUUACAAAAAACCCUGAUAAAUUAUUCCACCACAACUAUGUACGCAUGCACAAAGAGUUCACAGAUUCCAUGCAAGCAUGGAAGGGAAAAUACCUGUCAUGGACAGGACGCAUAGCAGCAGUCAAAAUGUCGCUAAUACCAAAAAUCCAAUACCUGUUCCGUACACUACAGAUACCCCUACCAAAGCAAUACCUCAAAAAUAUGCAGCACACCAUCAGUGCCUUCAUUUGGGAGGGGAAAAAAGCAAGAGUGGCAGCAGGGACGCUACAGCAGACAGUCCGCAGGGGGGGGUUGGGCCUCCCGAACUUAACGGCUUACUAUAGAGCAGCAUACCUCCAUAACAUUACACAAAUAAACCUCACUGUCAAGGCUCCACAAUGGGUAGCCAUAGAGGCGCACUGGGCACCCAGAAGGGACCUACGAGCACUGAUAUGGCAAGGAAACUGCCCUAAGCACACCAGGGACAAACUCCUGCCCAGUACCCAGACCCUUCUACAAAUAUGGCACAAAAUAAGAGAUAAAAUGGUGGCAAAACAAAAGCUUCCUAUGGCCACACCAAUCCAAACAGUAGGGCUGGACAUCCCAACUUUCCCGUGGGAGACAUGGGUGAAAGGGGGGAUACGCCAUAUAUAUCAGGUGAUAGACAGGGGGCGACUGAAAGCACUACCGGCAAUUCAGGAGGAAUACACACUGCCCAAUAAGGUCAUAUUCUCUUACAUGCAGCUAAAGUCCUACGUUUCAAGUAAGCUAGACGCCGAAGAUAAAUGGGACGAUGAACUGAACAUGACGAGACUUGAAAAACACUGUGUGGGCAAAAAGACACUGGGGAAAACCCUAUCAUGGGGAUACCAGGAGCUAAUAGCAACACGAACACAAACACUAGAUAAGAUCAAACUGGCGUGGCACCAAGAGUUGGGCCAGACGUUUUCAGAAGACACCUGGGACCGGGCAUAUCUGGCGCACCAGGGACUCACAGCAUGCCACACACACCUAGAACUACAACGCAAACUAUUGUACCGCUGGUACUUAGUACCAGACAAACUCCAAAAGAUGUGGCCAAACACUACCAACAUAUGCUGGAGAUGUGGGAGUGAGGUGGGGACCAUGCUACAUAUCUGGUGGUCCUGUGCCGCACUUAGCUCAUUCUGGAAGGAAGUGACCCAACAUUUACAAAAAAUAUAUCCGACACCCAGGUUAGAUAACCCACAAACAUGCAUCCUGUUUAUGUUGCCCAAGAGCAUCCCGAAGCACAUUAGGACGAUUCUCUAUCACACCCUCAUAUCAGCAAAUCAGACGAUAUCCAGGUUAUGGAAAAAAACAACAACCCCCACUAUCCAGGAUGUGAUAAAACAGGUAGAACAAAACUGGGAGUACGAACUUAUGACAGCAGCACAAUUUGGGAAACGCACUCAUAUACUUGAGGCACACAAGACUUGGAAGGCUAGCAUAACAUCCGAGGUAUGAGGGCGGGAAGCUGGAGAUAAGCUAUAACCACACUAGUGGGCAGAAAGCAAACCACCCAUCAAGGCCCACAAAAGGUGACGUUACCAGCAUCCACUAGGUGUACAAGCAAAUGCCUCAGCUUACAUUACGCAACAGGUAGUGGGAGAUACGCCAGGGACAACCUUGGUCAACCACAUAACGGGGGAAAUGUAAAUAAACCUAGGAGCCCAUAUACAACAACCUAAUGACAUAAUGAUAUAAGAGUGUAACUGUAUAACCGUACAACUACCUACACGAGAAGGGUGAUUAGCGGGGAGAUAUACAUAUACCUGGGAACCCACGUAAAAGUGGAUAAUCGUAUAACUGAAUAUCUGUAUAACUGUAUAAAUGUACAAAUGCAUAAUGGUAUAUUGGUAUAACGGUAUAACUGUCUACCUGUACAACUGCUUAAACACGAAUGCUGAUAACCUGUCUUCCCCCUUCCUUUCUGUAUCCCCCCCCCCAAGUUUGCAUACUCGAAAAAAUCAAUAAAAUUCAAAUUGGAAAAAAAAAUACCAUCUGAACUAAGAAAAUAUGACAACAUGAGUUAAACUGUAAGAACGCAGGGACGGACUGACAGUGCAUUGGGCCCCCAGGCAAAAUUAGAACCUGGGCCCCCUGCAGACCAAUAUAUAUGCUGGUAUAUAUGCUGGUAUAGAUGUAGCGUGUAUUUGAUUAUAUGUGCAUGUAAAGUGAAUGUAUGCUUCUGUAAGUAUAUUAACUAUGAGCCGUGGUCUAAGUGAAUAUAUGUAUCUUAAAGUGCGUAGUAUCAGGACGUGUGGAUUCAGAGUAUAUCUAAUUACAUGUUUUGUUUUUUGUAACUAGGGUAUUAUUUAUGUGUGUUUGUGUAGCAUGGCAGUAUGUAUAAGGGAGUAUUUGUGAAACAUGUCAAUGUGUUUGAAUGAGGCAUGCAGGCAUCCAAAUUUUGGGUCUUGACUUACUAACCAUGUGCUGAAAGUUACAGACCACCUUAAAUGGACGACUAUAGUCACCAGAACAACUACAGCUUAAUGUUGUUGUUCUGGUGUGUGUAUAGUCAGUCCCUGCAGGCAUUUUAAUGUAAACAUUGCCUUUUCAGAGAAAAGCCAGUGUUUACAUUGCUGACUAGGGACACCUCCAGUGGCAGUCACCUCCUGUAGGCGGCUACUAGAGGUGCUUCCUGGGUCAGUGAUGGGGAUUGUGCAGUACUGACGUCGUUCAGUGUCUCCAUGCUCUGCUCAGAGAUGGGGAUUGAUUUAAUACACCUAUAUGAGUAGAUGCAAAUUGGCGCAAGCAGCCUUUUGCCAUGCGUGUGCAUUAGCUUCCCAAUGUUUUCCUAUGAGAAAGCAUUGGAAAGGCUGAGAUUGUCAAUUCUGAUUAUCUCAGCUAAGCGGGUGGACCGUGGGCUGAGACAGGUGGACCGUUUAUGGCGCUGGAAUAAAGGUAAGUUUAUUGCCUUUUUAAGGGAUUCAAGGGUGUGCCAGCGACCUAAAUAAAGUUUUUAACUCAAUAGGGUCAGGAAUACACAUCUGUAGUGUUCCUUUAAAUGCAUGUUUUUUUUUGUUUUUUAAUUAAUUCUAGUAUGUCCGUGACAUCAGUGUGUGCAUGCAGGGACAUAUUUGUAUUGAGGGUCUGUAUGUGUGUGUAAAUGCAAGGCCAUAUUAGUAUAUAGUUAGUGGGUGAACCCAGGCUUGUAUGUGUGGAAGGUCAGUGUGCGUGAACACAGAGGAAUGUAGUGGUUAUGGGGGCUAUAUUGGGGCGGGAGUAAUAGGGGCUAUAGUGCAGGAAAGUGGUAAUGGGGGCAGGUUAUAUAGAAGCUAUUCAGGGUGCAGAUGAGAGAUAGGAGCUGUAGUAGAUGCAGAGAGUAAUGGAGGCUUCAGGCUGUACAGCGCUACGGAAUCUGAUUGCGCUAUAUAAAUAAUAAAAUAAUAAUAGGAUCUUUAGUAAUAGGGUCUGUAGAGGGUGCAGGUGCUGUAGUGGGUGUAAAGGGUGAUAGGGGUUGUAGUAUGUGUAUGGCGUAUAGGGGUUGUAGUGGGUAAUGGGGGUUGUAUGUGUAGGGUGUAAAAAUGUUUAUAUUAUGUGUAGUGGGUGCAGGGGGGAAUAAGGGUUGUAGUAUGUGUGGGGAGUGAUAGGGGUUGUAGUAUGUGUAGGGAGUGAUAGGGGUUGAGGUAUGUGUAGGGAGCAAUAGGGGUUGUAGUAUGUGUAGGGAGUAAAAAGGUUUAUAUUAUGUGUAGCAGGUGUAUGGGUUAUUAGGGGUUGUAGUAUGUGUGGGGAGUGAUAGGGGUUGUAGUAUGUGUAGGGAGUAAAAAGGUUUCUACUAUGUGUAGCGGGUGCAUGGGUUCAUAGGAGUUGUAGUAUGUGUAGGGAAUGAUAGGAGUUGUAGUAUGUGUAGGGAGUGAUAGGGGUUGUAGUAUGUGUAGGGAAUGAUAGGAGUUGUAGUAUGUGUGGGGAGUGAUAGGAGUUGUAGUAUGUGUAGGAAAUGAUAGGAGUUGUAGUAUGUGUAGGAAAUGAUAGGAGUUGUAGUAUGUGUAGGGAAUGAUAGGAGUUGUAGUAUGUGUAGGGAGUGAUUCCGUCUUGAAAGUUUGGGUGUUCUUGUGAAGUCUGGUUGCUGACUUGAGUGAAAGCAUGUUUUUUCUUUGUUAAUGUAAAUGGGCCUGGCAGGCAGUGAUUAGGAGAAGUAACGGGCUUAAUGAGAUUGAUAAAUGAAAUGAGAUUUGUGUCUCGCAGCAUUUUCUUACCUUAAAAGAACAAAGUCCUUUUUACUGGACUAUACCAUAAAGUAUGCAGUGAAUACCUGUUUACAAUUGGUUAGUGGAUUCAUAAACUAUAAAUUAUAACACUUACAUUUUUAUAUGUCAAAGACAUGUUUAAGCUUCUCAGCCAUUAUUUUAUAUUUAUGGAAGAAUUAUUGUGCUGGCUAUUCUAUAAACCCAAGAAGAUUUUUUUUUUUUUUAUCUUUACUUUUGUUUCUUUGGAAUGCUUGUUGUAUGCGUGCCCAUUGGCCUUUUUAUGACUUUAUUCAUCAUUUUUUGACAGUGGAAGUUCCAUUUGUAAUAGCCACAGCCUAUUUUUGAUCUGGGCUUUUUUUUGUGUGGGCCAAGUGCAUUUCUACCAGUCUUACUAUUUUACUGGGGCAAGGAGAUGGAACAGAGAGAAAGGACACGAAGCCUGGAAAAAAGGGAUGAGAAAGUGAAAAAGACGUGGCACAUUAGGGAUGGGAGAACGUCCCUUUGAGGCUGGAUGAAGGCCGUGGUCCGGAUUUGUCAACAGUAAUGUAACUUAUGUGGCUAUCCACCAAUCUCCUUAUUUUUUAUUUUGAGUUGUGCCUCUAUCCUUUAAGCCACACACAGUGCCUGUAACUCUCUAAGUUACGUGUACAGACGGAUUACAAGAUAUCUUAAUCUUUUUGCCCUGACUAAAAAUCUUCUUCUGAAUCCAUAUGCACAGCACAACCAGCAGAUCAUGUUUAUGCUGAGGCAAACCUUCACGGAAGCAUGAGAAUAAAGUAUGAAUGUUGACUAGGUAUUUGUAAAUGACUUGCGUCACUGGAAGUCAUUACUUUUCAUGGUUUGCCCUAGAUUAACCUGAACUCAUCCAGUGUUCACACAUCUCUCCUGGAAUAUUGUAUUUAAAGGGGCACUACAAGCACCAUAACUGCUGGCACCAUCCUCCCAGUAAGAUAAACUAUAUUUGAAUGGUUUGACACUUACCUGGAUUUCUCCAGUUCUUGUGGUCAUUCAGGUCUUCUUAAAACCCCUAACACAAACAUUCUCAUUCCACUUUAGCCAUAUUAUUAUCAUUAUUUAUAUGCCACCAACAAAUUCUGCAGCGCUGUACGAUGGGUGGACUAACAAACAUGUAAUUGUAACCAGACAAUUUGGAUGCACAGGAACAGAGGGAUUGACGGCUCUGCUCACUGAGCUCACAUGCUAGAGGGAGUGGGGUAAAGUGACACAAAAGGUAAGGAUAGUAUUAGACUAAUGACCGUUGCAGGAGAGGAAUCAAUUGGAAGCUAUUAACAGUUUUAUACGCUAUACAUAUUAGUUUUAUGCAACUUUUCACUUCAUUCAUUGGCUGAGAGCAUCACCUGAUGAAUUUUGGCAACUGGAGGGACUCAAGUAUGUGUCAAACCAAUCAAAAACGAGGCAUAGCGUCAUAGAGAUUCUAAAACCAUAAACACUACAAUGGGCAGGCGAGCCCAUCCAGUAAAGUAAUAUGUCAGCCUGUUAUCCAUGCAGAGGUGGUUGACAGACGGGCUCUGAAGAGCCCUCUCAGGGCAGACCAAAUACAGAACUCUCCAAAAGCACUUUGCCCACACGGUCUUCGUACCCUUAGGUCAUUAAGCGCAGUGUGAGAGUAUCUGAUUGGGGACAUUUGAUGGACAUCUGUGGAGUACCAGGUUGCAAACCCAGCAUACCGGGCCUGGAAGAGGUCUUGCCAAACUUACGAUGUUUGAAAGGUAUGUGAUUCUAUGCAGUGAUGUUGCUUCACAGUAUUUAAAAAAAAUAAAUGAAAACAAUCACUAUAAUGUUGUUGUUUUUUUCCUCACAUUUAAUCUAUUGCAUGAGCAGCAUAUUGCAAGGCACAUUAUUUACAUGAUUUAAGACAUCAAUCCUUGGCACUAGGUGUCCUGUGAUUACAACUCCUGUGAUUCUCAGCCAACUCUAAUGAAUCAUUUUAAAUGUAUCCUUUUCAAUUUUUUUGCAGACAAGCAAAUAAGUAGACAUUUCCAGCUCUGCAGCCCUACAAUAAUUACUGUAAAGAGUGCUUCUAGCAUGGGCAGGCUUUCAGUGUCAUCAUUGUUAAAUAGGUGUUUCAGAGACAUGUGCUAUUGUGCUUCUGGUUUUCGGGUUGAAUAUUAAUGUAGGCAGUGAAUUGUGUUGUAUACAUAUAGAUUUUUUUGAGGGUUGGUAUUUUUAUGAACUGAUCAUGAUAAAAUGUUCCGGCUGGUGUUGAGUUACAAGUAUAGUAUAAACAGAUCACGUACGCAGGAAAAAAGAAAAUAUACUUAACUUUGAGAUCUCUGUAUUUGCAACAUUUGCUGUGAUUUGUAGAGUUCAGCCCAGACCAGGAAGAAGAUGAAACUCGUUCAGCCAUUCAUGGCCCUAUUACUAUCUUCAUGGCCCUAUUACUAAACGUUCGCCCAAUAUGGGUUAUAUUGUUCAACACAAGCAGCAGUUUCAUUCAUAAAGAAACAAGAAUGAAACUGCUUUAUGUAUUGGCAGACACUAUAGUUGUAGCAACCAAUCUCGACUGCUACUUUCUGAUCUUCACACAAGUACAAUGUCUCCAGGAGAACCAAUGCAGUCUUAAUGGUAAACAAAAAUAAUGUGAUAAAGAUAAUAUACUCAUCUGUUGUCUCCAGGAGACUGUGAUAAAGAAGAUUUGCUAAAGAUAAAAUACAUCUCUGUUGUCUCCAGGAGACCCAAAGCUGAAUUAAUGAUGAACAAAAAUAACGUCAUAAAAGUGAUGAGCUAA